AUGACUCUUGGUGAACUUGCUUCGAGCCAAUUGGUGUCUGGCAAACUGGCGAAAAACAGCUCAAUCGCAGUAAUCGGGGCAGGCCCCGUGGGUGCAGGAGUGACUAAAGCAUUGAUACAUGAGAACUGGUUUGGCAAAAUCAAGAUCUUUGAAAAAAGAAGCGGGUUUGGAGGUCUGUGGAACUACACAAAACCUGUGUUCAAAAAACAGAACAUCACAGCGUGUCCGUCGAUCCCGUGCGAACUACCACAGGGCAAAAAUGAGCCACAUAUCAGCCAGGAAAACGGAAUAGUGUUCCAAACGGCAGUCUACAAAUAUCUAGACACCAAUGUGCCCCGGCUGUUGAUGGAAUACGAAAACUUUCCGUUCCCCGCUGGAACGCCGCUUUUCCCCGUGCGGGAACAGGUUUUCGACUACAUCGUCGAUUACUCCAAGGAGGUCGAACAGUACGUGCAUUUCAAUCAUGAAGUGGUGUCCUUACGUUACAACGACUCCCAAAAAAAAUAUCUGGUCUCGACGAAAAAUUUAGUCACAAACCACUCUCAAACCGAGGAAUUCGAUGCCGUGGUGGUCGCAAGCGGCUUCUACGAUCUCCCCUACGUUCCUGACCGUCCCGGUCUGAAAGAAUGGCAUGCCAAAUAUCCGUCUUCUGUGUCGCACGCCAAGGACUUUGACGCUCCCGAGGACUACGAAAACGUUGCUGGCGAAAUCAUCGUUGUAGGGAAUAGUGCGUCCGGAUCAGACCUGGCCUUUGAAUUGGCCGGCCACCUAAAACGCCGCAUUCACAAGAGCAAAAGAUCGGAAUCUUUGAUGCCCGCAGGAUUCGACGAGCGCAUCAACGAUGUGGCCGAUGUGUCGCGGUUCGACCCAGACACCAAGACUGUGUAUUUCGUGGACGGUUCCAAAGUAUCCAAUGUCGAUAAAAUCAUCUUUUGCACGGGUUAUCUCAAGUCUCUGCCGUUCUUGCCCACCAUCUCACAGGCCGAAUCCCAGGGUGACAAGAUCUUGGCCUCAUUGGUCACCGAUGGUGGACAAGUGCAUAAUCUUUACAACCACAUUGUGGCUUACAACUUGCCAACUCUUGGCAUUAUUGGCUUACCCAAAUAUGUGCUACCCACACGACUCAGCGAGACGCAGGGUGCAUGGCUAGCUAGAGUUUGGAGCGGCCGCAUUGAGCUGCCGUCUUUGGCCACAAUGCUGCACUACGAGGAGUGGUUUAUGAAGCUCAAUGGGCCCGGACGUGCCUUCCACGACCUCAAAUUUCCAAUGGACGUCCAGUACUCUCAAAGGCUCAACCAACAAAUCCACGACGCUGGCAAUGACGGAUAUUUCGGUGUGGAGUGGACAAGUGACCAGAUCAAGAUCCGGAGCUCGAUUCAGCCUUUGAAAGAGGCCCAUUUGGCCUACUUGAAGGAAACGGGCAAAAGAGCUUCAAGUAUUGAGGAGCUGAUCGAAAGGGGAUAUUUUCAAUGGCCCGACAACGCUAUUACCAGUGUUGAAGUAGGCGAAGCUGUUCCGUAG